UUUACUAAAAAGCUUUUGUUGAUUUGAAUUUUUAAGCAGCAGUCGAGGCGAUGGCUAGCGCACCCCCACUGGAGACAGGAACACUUGUGGGAUACCCGCCUCCUCCAUCAUAUGAUGAGGCAUUGGGAUCAAACCCAAUGUACCCAGAAGGGCCAUAUGCUCCUCCAGCUGACAUGAAGGCACCUGUGCCUCCAUAUCCACCACAAGCCUAUGGCCAGAUGUAUCCAACACCACCCCAACAAGGUCAACCUGUCACCACCCCUGUUGUAUCGGUUCAGACAGUGUACGUUCAGCCUGGUCUGAUUUUCGGGGAUGUUCCAGUGCAGGCACACUGUCCAGUAUGCCAACAGAAUGUGAUAACCCGUUUGGAGCAUACAUCAGGAGCAUUAGUCUGGCUCUCUUGUGCGGGCCUGGCCAUUUUUGGAUGCAUCUACGGCUGCUGCCUGAUUCCCUUUUGUGUAGACAACCUGAAGGAUGUGACACACUACUGUCCGAGCUGCAGCAGUGUUUUAGGAUCCCACAGGAGACUCUGAAGCAGUCGUGAAACACACCUACUGUGCAUUUAU